AUGGGGUCGUGUGGGAGAUCUGCUACCACUAAUGAUCCCUCUGGAGGUUCUGUUAUUGAGCAGCAUUUGUGCUCAGAGGUUGCGGAGCAGGUUGUUUCUGUGCAGGAGUCUUGUUUGGAAGAAGCUUGCAAAGUUGUGGACUCUAAUACAGACCUCUCCACUAUAUCUGAUGGUUGUGUGGGAGAAGACCUUGUGGGUUCUGCAAGGUGUGUAGAUGUGGGUUCUGGUGAUGCUUUGGGUUUGGCAAGUGAAUGUGAAAAUGCUGAUUUGUUGAUAGUGGAGAAAGCCGCCGAAGAUGAUUGUCUGAAUUUCUUAGGGGUUUCUUAUGGAAGCAUUGAAGUUCCCUGUGCAAACAGUGGGUCAGAGGGAAAUUUUCAGGCUGAGGGCAACUUGGCUUUGGGGUCGGGAUCCUUAACUACAGAUGAUUCAGAGAGGCUCUGUGCUCAACAGGAUGAGCAGAAGAAUGAUAAGAGCGACAUAUUACCAGCAGGAAAAAACGAUGAUACGGGUCUUCUUGGUGAUGCUUUCACUCCUGUACUUGACUUUAGGGAUUCUGAAAUGUCUUUGGAAUUGGAAUCUGUGUCUGACUUGCUAGUUGAAUGCAACCAGCAAAAUGAGCAGGAGAAAGUUAUGAGACAUGCGGGUCCCUUGUUGAAUGUUGCGGAAAAAUGUGAUACUCUAAUUGGGACAGAACAUGAUGCUUGCAGACAAAUAUCUCCUACUCCGGACAUGGAUGUGCCAUCUGGUGCAUUAUAUGCAGAUACAGAAGUAGAGAGGAGCACAAGUGAUCCAAAAGAUGGUGAGGACCAGAAUAGUACUUGUGAAGAAAAGGUUAAAGUUUUUGUUGAUGAAGAAAUCAUUCAAAUUAAUUCAUGUGUAAAAAUAUCAUCCUCUCCAGGUUGCCAUGGGACUGCUGGGAGCUCAUCAGUGGUUGAUUAUCUUUGUGAUCCUGCCCUGUUGGAUCCAGGGUGUGAAAUGAAGAAUGUAGAAGAUGCUUUUUGUAAAUUGAAGGACUGUUCCUCAGAGGAAACUGGCAACUCUACCUUUAGAACACCAUUUUCUCCAGAAUCAGGUCUGCCCUCUGUUGCUUCAAUUACCAAGUGCCCUUCAAAGGAUAUUUCUGAUCUCCAUUGUAAAGGUGAUGAUGUUUCUAUUAACAAUAAUAGUGCUGUGGACAAUCCAGGUCAGAUGGAUAAUGAUGGAAAAGAAGCUGUUGAAGUUGAUUGUAUCACUGAAAGCAUACCAUUACCUUCUCAAAUGAGUAGUCGAAGAAGUAAAGUUGGCAGAAAGACGCAAACCAAAAAGGCUUCAAGAAAAUGCAAGACCAAAACCAAGGUGACACGUUCAAAUGGGGAUCAUAUUAAGUUAUACUCAGAGGCUUCUAGAAAGAAGAGAAGUUGUUUGUCCAAACCAGCUCGUUCUUCUAUCUGGGGAUUGAUUGGGAAUAUUGAACAGUUUUUUGAGCAAGAUAAUGAGCAUCCAGUUGGUGAAACUGUGUGCCAAGAGUUGGGGAGGGCUAGAAGCAAGCGCCAAACUGGUACAGCAGUUAAGAAUGAUGCAAGUACUAGUUUAAUGAGUUCACUACAGAAGUGUCCUGUUCCAACUACUCGUGUUCGUCUGAAGAUCAAAUUUGGGAAAGAACCUGAUUUAAGAUGCUCAAAUGUCUUGACUCUGGAGUCUGUUGAUGGCUUCGCAUCUGCUUCCCUCUUGGAGUCCGGUUCAGCUUCUAUGAAAGUAGCCAGUAAUGCUGAAGAUAAAAUGUUGGAAGUGGUGGCUUUGGGCAAUGCAGAAUCUUUCAACAAUGACCUGGAUAAGGAUGGUCUUGUUCUAAAUGGACAAGCAGCAAAUAACCCCUUAGAAGAAAAUACUGACAGAACAGAGAAGGCAGAUGGGGAUGUAGAGGAACCUUGUCUUGCAGCUCCUCCAGAGAAGGUGGUUGAAGCAUUGAUUGAACCUAUCAAUAACAAGGGUAUGGAUCCUGGAACUUCACCUGAUUCCGAAGUUAUCAAUUCAGUUCCCGAUGUCCAGGUUGGAGAGAGACAUCAAGAAGGUUUAGGUUAUUCUAAAGUGUUGAAUUCUAAAUUGACCAUCAGUAAAAGGGGGAAGAAGAAAGACAAACUUACAUGUUCAGGUAACUGUAUCACUGAAGAUGAAUCACAAUGUCCACCUGGGAAUAGUAGAGCUAAGCAAUCUAAGAAUCGCAGCAGGGGUAAGAAAAAUUGCAAGGAUGCAGUUAGCUCUUUGGAAUUGCCUACUUUCACUCAGAUAAACAAAUCUGUGAACGGUAAAGAAUUGUGCCCAGAAUCAUUGUCCCAUUCUGGAGGAACUGAACUUGGAGGCUCUGCUGAGGCUUUGAAGGUUAAAAAUCACAUGGACAUUAAGACAAGUGGCAAACCAUCAGUUGACAAUGGAUUUUCAGAUUCGCAGGUUUCUGAGACUAUGAUGUCUACUGCAAGACCUUUGGGGCGUAAGCUACCUAAAAGUCUUAGACCUAGUAAAGUUACUCGGACCAAAUUUAAAGCUUCUGACUCGACUGACAGGAAAAAGACUACUUGUACUCGCAAGGAAAAACAGAAAAAGCCAAUUAAUAAGUGCGAAGUCAAGGGAAAAGGUGCCUCUCUUAAAAUUACAUGUCAAAUGGAAGAUCACCCACAUUCAGAAGCAAAUGUUGAAAAUCAUGAGUUGGAUGCUGCUGGAAAAAUUAAUGCUGAUAACAACAAAGUAUCAGUCAACAUAUCUAAUUCAGACAUGCUGUCUGGUGUUGGACUGGGGGAGCAACUUUCAUCUCCCCGUAAUGCGUGGGUGCGAUGCGAUGAUUGUUACAAAUGGCGGCGAAUUCCAGCUGUGCUUGCAGAUCUAAUUGAUGAAACUAACUGUACCUGGACAUGUAAGGACAGCAGUGACAGGGCCUUUGCUGAUUGUGCUAUCCCUCAAGAGAAGUCAAAUGCGGAGAUUAAUGCAGAGUUGGGAUUAUCAGAUGCUUCAGGUGAAGAAGAUGCAUAUGAAGGCUCCAAAAACUUUAAGGAAUUAGAAUAUCGGCCUCCAUUUGAAGGAAAGUUGGGCUGUGGGGAUGAAUGCCUAAAUCGAAUGCUUAAUAUUGAAUGUGUGCAAGGAACAUGCCCGUGUGGGGACCGAUGUUCCAACCAGCAGUUCCAAAAACGGAAGUAUGCUAGCCUGAGGUGGUUUAAAUGUGGGAAAAAGGGUUAUGGACUAAAGGCACUUGACAAUGUAGCUCAAGGACAGUUUCUUAUUGAAUACGUUGGAGAGGUGCUUGAUAUGCAAUCGUACGAGGCACGGCAAAGAGAAUAUGCUUUGAAGGGUCAUCGACAUUUCUAUUUUAUGACCUUGAAUGGCAGUGAGGUUAUAGAUGCAAGUGCAAAAGGAAACUUGGGGCGUUUCAUUAAUCAUAGUUGUGAUCCUAAUUGUCGUACAGAAAAGUGGAUGGUGAAUGGAGAAAUCUGUAUCGGACUCUUUGCAUUGAGGGAUAUUAAGAAGGAUGAAGAAUUGACAUUUGACUACAACUAUGUAAGAGUUUUUGGUGCUGCUGCGAAAAAAUGUUACUGUGGUUCACUUAGUUGUCGAGGUUAUAUAGGUGGUGGUGAUCCACUUAAAGCUGAACUGAUAGUUCAAAGUGAUUCAGAAGAAGAAUUUCCAGAACCUGUUAUGCUUACCAAAGAUGGUGAAAUUGAGGAUGGAGUGGCUACACCCAAGUAUUUUAAUAAUGUUGAUACACAAUCUGCUAAACAUAUGUUAAAAGAAAGGGAUAUAUUGGAAAAGUCUAAAAAUGCUGUAGAUUCAGGUGGUUUUCCAGAGAAAGAAAGUUCCAUGAACCCUGCCUCUGCUGUUUCUCUGUUGCACAGCUCAGCAGAAAUGGAGGAGGAUUCAAAGGGCAAGUUACCAUCCUCUGUCCGAGUUGAAGAAAUUUCUGAACAAUUGGAGGAUGUAACAAGCAAACCCAUGCUUGCUGUACAACAAGAAAAAGAAAAGGAAUCAGAGUUUCCAGACAAAACUUCUUCUACUCAAAGAUUAGAGACUACUUCUUCCCAUGCAACUGCUAGCAAAAUGUUGUCCAAUUCUACUGGUAGUAAUAGGGAGUCCAAGUCUGAAAUAAAUGAAGGCAGGAAGACUCCUAAGUCAAAUAGUUCUGUUAAAAAGGGAAAGGUUAAUGCUAAUCCUCCAAAUGGCCUCAAAGCUGAGAUGACAGCGAAUCGAUUGCAGUUGUCAUCUAUCAAACACAAAAAAGUUGAAGGUUCUUCCAAUGGACGGUUUGAAGCAGUUCAGGAGAAACUUAAUGAGUUGUUGGAUGGAGAUGGGGGAAUAAGCAAAAGAAAGGAUGCUACCAAAGGUUACUUGAAGCUUUUAUUUCUCACUGUUGCAUCUGGUGAUAGAAGCAACGGUGAAGCAAUUCAAAGUAAUCGAGAUCUUUCCAUGAUACUUGAUGCCCUUCUGAAAACAAAAUCUAGAGCAGUGCUGAAUGAUAUAAUUAGCAAAAAUGGUUUACAGAUGUUACAUAAUAUUAUGAAGCAGUACAGGCUGGACUUCAAAAAAAUUCCAAUACUACGAAAGCUUCUUAAGCUUUGUGGCCCUGAAAAUGAACUUUGUGACCCGGGUCAUAAUUCCUCUUUCAUCAACUUGCAUUUAGUUUUCAUCGUUGUGCCAAAAUUUCAUGGCUCCAUCAUCGUUGAAACCCAUACAUUGAAAGUGGUUACUGUCUCUUCCCCCCUUUGCCUGUCCAUUGUGUCUCCCACAGGGCCUUUCCUCUUCAUUACUUGUUUCUACUCUGACUAUGAUUUUCAAAACCUGAAUCCUUUAUUUGGUUGCUCCACCACUUUCCCAUUGUCAUGCAAUCUACAUGCACCAAGUCCCAACAGUCUUAAAGUUACACUCUGUCACUUUGCCAAGAAUUUGGCUCCUGGUCUUUCCCUUUGCCAUGAUUAUCCCUUCUUUAGGGAGUCAAUGCUUUCUCUGACAGAGCAUGACGACAAACAGGUCCAUCAAAUUGCUCGAAGCUUCCGAGACAGAUGGUUUCCCAGACCCAUCAGAAAACAUGGCUAUUUGGACAGGGAUGAUAAUAGAAUGGAAUCCCACAGAAGUUUCAACGGUAACAGAUUUUCAGCAUCACACAGUCACAGGCAUGAGCAGGAUUUAAGGGCUACAGAUGCAAUUGACUGUAGUCAGCAGUCGAUGCUUGUGACAAAUCCAGUAGAUGCUGAUACCCAAGACAGCUGUCCCGCCCGCACUCUAGAUGGGGUUGAAAUCAAAGGGGCUAAAAAGCGGAAGCGUAAGAGCCGGUGGGAUCAACCAGCAGAGACAAACUUGCUAUCUGAUGCCGUUAUGAGCUCUAUUGGUGAAAGCCAGAACAUUCAUGAGGAUGUUCCACCAGGGUUUUCGUGUCCAAUAGGUCCAUUAAAUGCUUCCCUGAACUCUAGUAAUCUUGCAUUACAAAAUGCAAGCCGAUCUGGAUGUCCCUCUGAUUUUGUCAUUGGUCAUCCAAAAAAGAAAUUUAACUCUCGCUUGCCUGUGUCAUAUGGAAUGCCAUGGUCUGUUACCCAGCAAUAUGGAACACCUCAUACUGAAUUUCCAGAGUGUUGGGUUACUGCACCUGGCAUGCCUUUCAACCCAUUUCCUCCCCUACCCCCAUAUCCUCGGGACAACAAAGACUGUCAACCUACUAAUAAUAGUAGUGCUAUGAUAAUUGAUCAGCCUGCUGAAGCUAUGAUUAUUGACCAGUCUGCUGAUGUUAAUGAGGGUGAUACCAGUGGUAUGGUCAGUUGUAGCGCAGAUGAUAUGAUUCCCAGCACAACUGGUGCUAACACUGGGGACUCUGACCUUCUGUUCGAGGAUAAUGAACACAUAGCUAAACGAUUGAAGGGUGAAUCCCAUGAUUUGGUAAGGAAGUACUAUAGACAACAAAAAUGGAAUAAUUCAAAAAUAGAUCGACCAUGGUUCCGGAGGAAUGCAUGGAAAUGUAAUGAGAACAAUUCUGAUGGUGAUAUGUGCAGUAUAGUUGUAGAUGUACCAAAAGAGUCAGAAGAUACUUGUGAUGCGGAGGAUGCAAUCUGUAGAGAGGAGAACGGUGACAAUAAUAUUUAUUAG